AUGAUGCGCGUUCCGUAAGGUAGCCAUUGCGGUUCUGAGGCAGAGUCUCAUUUCUUAAGCCGCCGCUUCAUUUGAGGCAAAACAAGCCUUUUUGUUUCAUCAUUAUUCUUUCUUCCCUUGUGGCUAGUUUGGCAAGCCAACGUGGCGUCGGAGGAGUCGAAAAGUGACGGGGAAAACACCCUCUCAGCCUCUCGUAAAAAACGACCGUUGUGAAUUCGAGUAAUCUUGACGUCGUUUCACGCGCGAGCGAGCUCGUCAUUGGGCUUAUGGUGGUCAGUCAACACUGCAUUAGAUCGCCGAGUAGUGUCGUUGAACCACAGUACGUGCCGGGACACCACUUUAAGAUCACCUUACUGCUAGUCUGCCACCUCCUUUCGUUGCUGGAGGCCGUGUGUCAUCUGAAGCAUCGGACAAGUCGUUUCGCUUCCAUCCGUGCGCGAAGUUUGAGCGAAACCGUAACCGUUACUAGUUACGUGUGGUCGAUCUCGUUGACCCAUAACAUGUUCGCACAUCCAGGUUACGCCUAAGCCGACUCAAAAAGCACCCGCUGUACUCACGGCGCGUUCCCAUAUCGAAGCUGUGUUUAAGUAGACUCAGUACUCACUCCGUUGUCUACCCACGGUACGGUUGUCAAGUUCAGAAGUCGCCUCUAAUAAACCACGUCAUGUUCCUGUAUCGAGGUCCCAUUUAAGUCAAUCCAAUAGUCACCUUUAUCAAGCCACGGCGUCAUGUUCCCGUAUCGAGGGCUCGGCGGGAUCGCGCCGUCAACGGCGGCCGUCGCGGAGGCGUUUUCCGCCGCCUUCCAGUGCGCCUCAGAUUCGCCGGAUCCGGACACCGACGGGCCCGUGCGAAUCCAGGGGGCGAGGGUUCUAGGCCCCCUGGAUGAUUAUAUCGAAACUGACAAUAACGAGCCCGCGGAUGAUUUGGAGCCCAAGGCUGGUGAGGAGGGCUCAAGGGUGGGGGAAGAGCCACGUCAGCAGCAGCGUAAUGGUGUUGUCGGCAGCCGGUUUUUCGGGCAGCAGAGAAGUUCUGCAGGUGAUUCAAUAGGAAAAGGCGGGUCUCUAAACGAGGGUAUCCGUGUAGGACAAGAUGCUGGUAGGCCGUCGCAGCAGCGUGUGCGAUCUGUAAAUGGGAUUAUCACUAACGGGAAUGCUUGUAACGCGAAGCUUGGCAACGGCAACCGCAGCAGCAGCAUAGAGCCGGUGGCUAUUCCCAGACGUACGAUCAAGAUCAAACCACUCCAGCAGCUGCAGAAACCGAUCCCCCAGGCCGAGCGUGCUGCUGCUGCUGGUGCUGCUGCUGGUGCUGCUGCUGGUGCUGGUGGUGCUGCUGCUGCUGCUGGCGAGGAGGGGAGUGAAGACGCGGAGAAGAAAAGGGGAGUCCUCGUGCAAGGCGGAGGAGGGGGCAGUGUUGCAUCAGGCGGAGGCCCAUCCGCGUUAUCGUCUCCUCCGCUUCCGUCUAUUGACUCGUUCGCGCACACUCGCCGCCUCCAGAGCCUGUCGAACUUCAAGCCGCGGUCUCGGCUCCUAGGGCGACAGUCACAAGAAGGGGAGGUAGGCGAGAAGGAAGGCGCUGGCGGUGCUGGUGGUGGUGGUAACCCGUUAGGCAACAGCGCCGGGUCGUUUUCCAGCCAGGCCUCCCGACAGCAGCGGCUGCAACCGCGCGUGGUAGGAGGUUUCCGCCCUCCUAGACGGCUGAACGAGCCCAGAUUUUCAAAGGAAGGGGCUGGAGUGAAUGGGAUUGGUCUAAAUGCUCGGGAGGAUAGAUCGUGCACGACUGCUGGUACUGGAGCGUCCAGUAACGGGGAUGGGGUGCGUGCAGGGCCCAUGGGCGGGAGGGUUGAGGGUGAAUCUGCUGCUAGGGAAGGGUUUCGCAGGCUGCAGAGAGGUGGGCGGGGGGUUUCGGCCGGUAGUGCAGCCGCCGCCCCUGGUGUGAAUCCGGGGGGGAAUCAGCAAGUGGAGGAUGAUAUAGAAGGGUUUAGGGUUGCGGAAGGAGAGGGAGAGGGUUUUGGGCACGCAGAAAUGUUGACAGAUUCCUUGCCUGGAGGAGGUAUGGGAGCGGGAGGGAUUGAGGCUGAAGAGGCUGAGGGGGGAUUGCAGGGGAAGAGGAAGAGGCGGAAGAUCGUCCUGGUAGGCAGUGAUGGUGAUGACGAUGAUGGCAAUGAUGGCGAUUACGAGGAGGAGGAGGAGGAUGAGGAGAAGGAGGGGAAGCAAAGUUCAAUGUUCAACCGAGCCAACGAUGCGGGCAGUGGCGCUGCUGCCACCACAGCCGCCACAUCGGAUGCCAGGAGGUUCUUUGGAGUCAGGGGCCCGCAGCUCGCCCCCAGCAGCAGCGCAGCCGUCCAGAGGGCGGAAAAGGCCGAGCUGCGAGCGCGACUGCUGGCGCUGCACGCACCCAGCACGGGGUGGCGCUCUGCCAGGGACCCUGGGGCAGGUGAAGAGGCGGCAGCAGGCGCUGGGAGCAGAGGGAAGGGAGGGAAGGGGGUGGGAGGGAAUGGGGCCAGAGGGCAAGGUAGAGCGGGUUCGGGAGCAGCUGGGGGGAAAGCAUCUGGGGGGAAGGGGAAAGGGAAGAAGGGCGGGAGGAAAUCGGGGAAGGAUCGGUGGGAGGAGGACGAUGGGGAUAGCGAUGAUUGGAUUGUGGAGGAUGAUAUUGAGGAGGAGAUUGAGGAGGAAUUGGAGGAGCUCGAGGGGCUGGAGCUGGAGGACGAGGAGGAGGAGGAGUUCGGGGGGAGAGGGGCGAGAUUCGGCCGUGGAAAGCAGAAGAAGGGGGAGUGGGUGAGACGGUCUGGGAGGGCGAGAAGGCCGGCUAGGUAUGCUCAGAGCGAGGAGUGGGAGGGGGAGGAGGAGUGGGGGGAGGGCGGGGAGAGUGGGGGUGGGGGAGGAGCGGGAGGAGAGGAGAAGGAGGAGGAGGCGGUGGCGUUGACAAGGAGGAGUGUGCGUGCAGCAGCCAGGGCUGCAGGUAAAGGGAGAAGCGAGUGGGAGAAAUGGGAGGAGGAGGAGGCAGGGGGAGGGGUAGAGGAGGAGGAGGCGGAGGAAGAUGAGGAGGAGGAGGGAGAGGAGGAGGAGGAGGAGGAGGGGGGGGGGAGGGAGUAUAGGGAGAGGGAGGAGGAUGAGAGUGACCCCGUGCUAGAGGCUCUGAGGAAAUGCGAGCAGAUUGCAGCGGCGCUGAGAGAGAAGCUGCUGCUCUCUGCUGGGAGGAAACGAGGAGAUGAAAGGGAGGGGGGAAGGACGGGGAUGCUGGAGGGGGGGUAUGCGGAGACGGACGAGUCAGCGGCCAGGCUGAUAUCUCAGGAUGACGUGUCAGCGGCGUGUGGAGAGAGCGUGCAGCUCAAGGGGUACCAGCUGGUGGGGGUCAACUUCCUGCUGCUGCUGUAUCGACAGAAGGUCGGAGGAGCAAUCCUGGCUGACGAAAUGGGCCUUGGAAAGACCGUGCAGGCGGUGGUUCUGCUGGGGCUGCUCUCCCACUUGGAUAAAAAUCCCGGCCCCCAUCUAGUGGUGGCGCCAGCCUCCCUGCUGGACAACUGGCAGCGCGAGCUGCAGAUGUGGUGCCCGGGGCUCCGCGUGGUGCUCUACCACGGGGCAGAGAGGGCGAAGAUCAGACAGCUGUACGGGGGGAAGCGGGGGAAGAAGGGGAAGCGGGAGAGGCGGAGGGAGAAGGAGAGGAAGAGGAGGGGGGAGGGAGGAGGAGGCGAGGGAGGGGAGGAGGGGGAGGGGGAGGAGGGGGGGGGUGAGUUGGAGUUCAAUGUGGUGCUGACGUGCUACUCGCUGUUCGAGAGGGACAGUGCCGCCCAGAGGGAUGACCGGAAGUUUCUGCGCAGGUUCCGGUUCUCGUGCGUGCUCAUGGACGAGGCCCACCUGCUCAAGGACCGGAGCAGCCAGCGCACGUCCCGGUUGAGGCAGCUGGCACAGGCAGCUGACUAUAGGCUGAUGCUCACAGGCACUCCCCUACAGAACGACCUGCAGGAGCUCUGGUCUCUCCUCGAGUUUCUCAUGCCCGACAUAUUCACGACCCACCAGUGCGACAUCUCAGAGUACCUGGGCAAGAGGGACCAGCAGCCGUCCAAGGGAGGAGGGGCGGGAGCAGCGGACGAGGGGCUGAUUGGGCGCAUGAAGGCCAUUCUGGGGCCGUUUGUGCUGCGGCGGGUCAAGGCUGACGUCAUGAAGCAACUGGUGGCGAAGGUGCAGAAGGUCGAACUACUCUCUAUGGAGGGCCAGCAGGCAGCAGCCUACAGCGAAGCAGUGGAGCAGUAUAGAAAAGCGGUGGUGGCGAGGGGGGGGGGUGGGGGGGAAGAGGGAGAGGCAAAGGGGGAAGGGGGAAGCAGUGGUGGUGGGGGUGGGGGAGAUACGGCUGCCGUGGCAGCAGCAGCGGUGGAUGCCAUGCCGAGGAGGCAGCUGGCGAGCAUAUUCACACACCUGAGGAAGCUCGCCAACCACCCUCUGCUGGUGCGCCGCCUGUUCCCCGACCCGGCAAUCGAGGAGAUGGCUGAUGUGCUGCAUGGGCGGGGGGUGUUUGGGUUCGAGUGCAAGCGGCAGCGGGUGGUGGAGGAGCUUCAAGGCUACAGCGACUUCACUCUGAACCAGCUCUGUGAGGCGCACAACGACGCUCUUGCACACUUUCUGCUGUCUCGCCAGCAGUUCUUCGACUCCUGCAAGUGCCAGGCCCUCUCGUCCCUCCUGCCCCAGCUGCAAUCCGACGGCCAUCGCGUGCUGCUCUUCAGCCAGUGGACGGCUGUGCUUGACAUCCUGCAGCACGUGCUGGGGCUGCUGGGACUGAAGUUUCUACGGCUGGAUGGCAGCACGCAGGUGGUCCAGAGGCAAGCGCUCGUAGACGAGUUCAACCGCGAUCCCUCGGUGUUCGCCAUGCUGCUGUCGACCCGGGCAGGCGGGCAAGGUUUGAACCUGACCGGGGCAGACACGGUGAUUCUGCACGACGUGGAUUUCAACCCUCAGAUGGACCGGCAGGCGGAGGACAGAUGCCACCGCAUCGGACAGACCCGUCCUGUAACCGUCAUGCGUCUGGUGACGCGUGCCACAGUUGAUGAGGGCAUUUUGAACAUUGCCCAGCGGAAGCUCAGCUUGGAUGCUGCUUUGCUAAGUGGGGGUGGUGAAGGCGGGACUAUGAAUAAUAGGAAGGGGUCGGAGAAGGGCGCAGGAGGUUCAGAAGAAGCCCAGAGCAUGGCUGCUAUCUUAUCGUCAAUUCUUGCUUCGAAGUCUAGAGUGUUCUGAUGUGUUGCUCCGUUUCUAGUGCAUUUGAUAACCCAAGUGUAGUAGAAGAUGCUUGCUUACUAAGGUGGCCUUUGAUGUGUUGCAUCGCUCAUGUGGCAUGUAAGCAUCUCUCUUCGGCUCAUUCUUGGGGUUUCACUGGUGGUAAGGCUUGGGCCCAUAGUAGGCGGCCUAGGUACGGGUACGUUGAGCUUUCCAGUAAGAAAUCCUCAAUCGAAGG